CACAGAGAUGGGUAUGCAUGUGUUCCUGUUUCUUGAACUGCAGACAUAGAGAGAGAGAAAGAAAGAGAGAGAGAGAGAGAGAGAGAGACAUAAAUGUGCGCCUGUUUCUUUAAGAGAAGGGAGAAAGUGUGUGCGUGUGAGGGGGAGGGGGAAUGGGCUGGGUUGGAACAGUCCUCCUCUAAUGAGCAGAUUUGAGAGACACCAGAAAGAGAGAGAGAGAGAGAGAGAGAGAGAGAGGGAGGAAAUAAGACGACGACAAACGACAGCUAGAGGGGAAAAAAGCUUGCCGAGAGCAGUUUGAUGGGGAGCACAGGACCCACACACUCACAGAAAGCAGCAUAACAGCGCAGGAUUGUGGAUAUUUCGCCUCAACCGCUGAGGAAAAGAGACGCAACACCCGGAGAGGGAGAGAGGGGAAAUCAGAGAGACAGAGAGGGAGAGAUGCGGGGAGAGCUGAAACAACAGAGCUGGGGUAGGAGAUGAGGGCAGAGGAGAGGAGAAAUUAAUCAGGUGUUUUUGUUGUGGAGGAUCUGCGCCAGCACCACUGAGCGUGUGUGUGUGUAUGCGUGCCAGCAUAUGUGUGUGUGUGCAGCAGGAGUGUGUGAGUGUGUGCGUGGAUCACACUCCGCAGUGCUGUUUUCCUAAAGGAGAGCGCAAAGCCAGCGCAAGCCUCAUCUCUCCCUCUCCAGUCACCCCCUCUUCCUGCUCUCCCUCUCUCUCUCUCUCUCUCCAUCUGUCCGUCUCUCUCGAGCGGCGGUGCAGCAACAUCAGCAGGCGGCGGGCCGGUCGGCUGGGAUGACCGCGCGCCGGAGACGCCUCAGUCCCAGCCCCUGCCUCGCCAUCAGCAUGGAUUUAUCAUUCUCAUAACGCAUCGGAUGCUACCACGACUCUGCCUCUUGUACCUCGGUGGUUGUUGCCUGCUGCUGCAUGAUCCUAUAUCAGCCCACCGGGAUGCUGCUGCUGCCGCCGCUGCUGCUGCUGCGUGAUGAGGUUGUUUAUAACCCAUGGGAUGUUGUGUCGUAACUCGGCGGAAGGCGUGUGAUCAUUUGCGGGAGCGGUGCGGUGUCUGGCCUGCGUCGCGCGGAGCUCCAGGCGUCUGACGCAGGAGGGGGGGCUGCUGCUGUUGCUGUUGCCGAGCGGCCCAACGUCAGAAGGGCCAGUGGGGCUUGGAGAGAGAGGAGGGAGAGGGGGAGCUGAGGAGGAGACGAGGCGGAGGGAGGGGGGGGACACAUGGCAGGUCUUGGCUUCCUCCUCAGCUUGAGCCCCCUGGGCCUCUGAUCCGAGUUGGAGUUUAGGCCGCAGUAGUUAGAGGCGGAGGGGAGAAUGGUCUGAAACUCUCACGCUUUUCCUCAGGGGGUGGGGGCACCACCUGUGGGGGGGUUAGCUACUGCACCUUCCUAUCACAGCUCUUCCUAUUCGUAACCUCUCGACAACACUCAGUCCACUCAUUAGAGCUCGCUUAGAGAUCCCUUUACUUUUCUUAUCGCUUUCUUUUCUUUUUUUUUUUUGAGGUUUGGGGUAUUUGCCAAAACCUAUUUCAUGCAUGUCCACUGGGGGCAGGUUCAACUUUGAUGAUGGGGGGUCAUACUGUGGCGGCUGGGAAGAGGGCAAGGCCCACGGACAUGGGAUCUGCACGGGCCCCAAGGGCCAGGGAGAGUACUGCGGCUCGUGGAGCCACGGCUUCGAGGUGCUGGGCAUGUACACCUGGCCCAGCGGGAACACCUACCAGGGGACAUGGGCCCAGGGCAAGAGGCACGGCCUGGGCGUGGAGAACAAGGGCAAGUGGGUUUACAAGGGCGAGUGGACCCACGGCUUCAAGGGCCGUUACGGCCUGCGGGAGAGUACCGGGACCAGUGGCAAGUACGAGGGAACGUGGAACAACGGCCUGCAGGACGGCUAUGGAACGGAAACGUACUCGGACGGAGGUACGUACCAGGGCCAAUGGGUGGGUGGCAUGCGGCACGGUUACGGGCUGCGUCAGAGCGUCCCGUACGGGAUGGCGGCUGUCAUCCGCUCCCCGCUGCGCACCUCUAUAAACUCCCUCCGCUCCGAGCACAGCAACGGCUCUGCCCUGCUGCCCGACAGGAUGGGGGGCGUGGCGGGGCCAGCAGGGGGCACUCCGGGCGGCAUGGCCACCAGCCCGUCCGUGUCGCGCGGCGGCUUUGUCCUGACGGCCCAGAGCAGCGAGACGGAGCUCCUGGGGGCAGCGAAGAGGCGCGGGCUGUUCCGGCGCUCCCUGCUGUCUGGCCUGAAGCUGCGCAAGUCCGAGUCGCGCAGCUCGCUGAGCAGCCAGCGGAGCAAACAGAGCUCGUUCCGCAGCGAGGCCGGGAUGAGCACGGUCAGCUCCGCAUCCAACGCCUCCGACGUCAACUCCACCAUCAGUCUGGGAGAUGGCGAGUCGGAGCUGGCCGCUGCUGAGGUCAUCCCCGACGACGUGGAUGCUACGGCAACCGAGACGUACGCGGGCGAGUGGAAAAACGACAAGCGCACGGGCUGCGGAGUUAGCCGGCGUUCCGACGGACUGUGCUACCAGGGCGAGUGGCUUAGCAACAAGCGUCAUGGAUAUGGAUGCACCACAUUCCCCGACGGAACCAAAGAGGAGGGCAAGUACAAACAGAACAUUCUGGUGAGCGGGAAAAGGAAGAACCUCAUCCCGCUCCGUGCCAGUAAGAUCCGAGAGAAGGUGGACCGAGCAGUGGACGCCGCUGAGAAGGCUGCGGAUGUCGCCAAGCAGAAGGCCGAGAUCGCCCAGUCCAGGACGUCCCAUGCUCGGGGUAAGGCGGAAGCUGCCGUGGGCGCCUCCCUAAAGGCCCAGGAUGAGUGUCGUCUAGCCCGGCUAACCGCAAAAGAGUUCAGCCCCUCCUUCCAGCAGCGCAGAAAUGGUGUGGAGUGCCAACGUCCGAAGCAGCAGGUGUCCAGCGAGAACGAGCUGGAGGUUCAGUCCAGUGGCACGGCGGACAGCCCUGACCUCUACUCUAAGACCACACCUCCCACCUCAAGCCCUCCCACCAGUCGGCCGUCCUCCCCCAAGAGCUCCGCCCACCGGCGCAAGAGCGCUCGCUUCCUGCGGCAGACCGCAGUGGACGACGACCAGGCCGGCGGAGGAGGAGGCGGGGGUGGUGGUGGCGCCACGGAGAUCCAGGUCCUGAUGGAGGGGUCGCGUGGGGGGGCCCGUGGGUCAGCACAGGACACACACAGCAACGGACACAGCAAGCAUCCGGCCAAUCACAGGCCCCGAGAGCACGGCUCCUCCUCCUCCUCCUCGUCCAAUCACAGGGCAGGGGUUCGAGGCUCGCGGAGCGGCCACCGGCUCCUGCAGCAGAGCGGCGGCGAGGGCCUGGGUCAGCUGGACGAGGAGAAGCUGAGCAACUACGAGAUCGAGAUGCGGCCGCUGCAGCCGCGCGACGCCGCGCAGAAGCACCACGGGCACGCGCACGGACACGAGGAGCGUCACCACGGCGACGCGCACUCCUCGCACGCGCAGCAGAGACAGCGGGCCAAGCUCCGGGAGCGCGAGCGGGCGCGCGAGUGCAGCAAGGACAGAGGGGGCGCGGGGGGCGACUCGGAGUCGAAGCAGGACGCCCGAGGCGGAGGAGAGAAGCCGGACGGUCGGCCGCUCCGCAGGGAUCUGACCCUCUCCCCCCCACAGAAGUCCAGUCCCAUUGCACUAGAACAAGAUGACUUCAAGACCACCCAGCUCAAAACUAAUGGGGGCUCCAGCUCCAUCCUGGUUGUCAUGGUGAUUUUGCUCAAUAUAGGAGUGGCCAUCUUGUUUAUUCAUUUUUUUAUUUGAACUCUUUGGUCUGGGAUGGGAUGGCCCACCCUCCUCACGUGUCUCACUGCGCGGAUGGACAGAAGAUCAGACGGAUGGACGAAUAAACGGGCAGGUGGACUGACAGACGAGUAAUUAAAGGAGGAAAGAGAAGGAAUGAAUCUGACAUUGACAAAACAAACACCCGCGCGCACGCGUGUUUGGUUGGUCUCACACACACACACACGCAGUGACACGGACCCACUCGCGCAGCAGGAUGUCUAGAUGAACUGACCAGGCCUGCAAGCCUGAAUAUGCUGGAACGUUCAGCUCUGGGUGUCAUUCCACAGUCACUGCAUCCUUUGUAAAAGACUUGUAGUUAAACUUAUCCAUUUAUACAGUACAUGUAUUAAGUUAUCCAUUUAUGCUUUUCUGUAUGAUAUUCUUCUGUUUUGGUUUUGGUUUUGUUUUGAAACUUUCCUGCCUUUCCAAUGCAGCUGGUGGCUUUGAUGUUCUUAUGGAGUUGAGUGUGUGCUAUCAUGAGGGACAAGUUACUCUUAUAGGGGUGUGUAUAUCUUUAUGUUUGUGUAUGUAAGUGGGAGGGGAGUGUGUUGUUAUAUGAUGUGUGUGGUGUCACGUGAGGAGAGUGUUUUGAAAUUACAUCAGUAGUGUGUGUGUGUGUGUGUGUGUGUGUGUGUGUGUGUGUGUGUGUGUGUGUGUUUAUAUAUUAUGUUGGGAGGGGAGAUUUGAAAAGUCUCAAUGAUUGAAAAACAGUUCUCUAAUUUCAUUUCAUCUCAUCUCUCUCUCUCUCCCUCUUCCCCUCACUGCAACCUCUCAUCCCUCUCACCAGUUAUCUUGCAUCAUCUCUCCUACCCCCCACCCCACCCCCCCAUCCAACCCACCACACUCUCUUCCUGUCCACCUCCACUCUGACAUGCCUGUAUGCCAUGCAUAUAAAUGAAUGUGUGUCUCUGUCUGUAUGUGUGGGUCUCUGUGUGUGUGUGUGUGUGUGUGUGUGUGUGUGUUUGUGUGUGUGUGUGUGUCUGUCUGUCUGUCUGUGUGUGUGUGUGUGUGUGCUGAGGUCUGAAAUAGGACUACCUCUCUUGGAGCAUCAGCUAGAAGAGCCUCCUGGUCCCCUCACGCCUGGUCAGCCACUCCCACAGAAUGUACAUAACCAUGGCAACCUGCUGUUACCCAAGGUAACCAGGGGGAGCCAGUCCAUAUCCAGACCAACUUGUUAGCAUGAGGAACUCUACGCUGCAGGAAGGCUGUAGUCCAUCUGCAUUGUAUGUGUGUGUGUGUGUGUGUGUGUGUGUGUGUGUGUGUGUGUGUGUGUGUUUGUUAGCUUUGUGUUGUCAUCUGAUUUAUCUGAAACAUUUUUCCAGUGAUGGUCAGAUGGGAGAUCUUAAGUCUUAAGGUGAGCCGCAGACCCCACUCUCUGUUACCAGCAGAGGGCGCUGUUGAGCUCCUCCUCUGCAGACCUUCGGUGUGACGGCUGCAGUUCUCUUCCUGCCAGAUGGUCCCGCCCACUCAUUUUAGCCAAUCACAUUGCAGCACCCCGUCUCUACCUCUCGCUCACUUUCCCCUCUCUGAUAAUGUUUCUUCUUCAAGUUCACACACACAUAUACACAAACACACACACACACACACACACACACAGACAAACAUACACACCCCUGGCUACCUUGUGUAUGACAGAUGCAGGACUUCAUUGUGGAUGGUCAGAGACUGUUAUGUUCCAACUGCUGCUUUCAAGAACACUAUUUAUGAAAAAAGAGCAUUUAAAAAACAAUGCAAAAAAAGUUUUUUAGCUGUUUGCAAGACAUCUGAAAAGAACGCUGAAUGCCUUGUUUUUUAAAACAACAAAAAAGUUGCAUGCAAACGUAUGUUUUAGUUUUGUAUAGACAAAUUAUGGGACAAAAAAUAUAUAAAGUUAUUAAACUGCUCUAGUUUUGCAAUUAUUGUGGGAACAGAAAAAAGGUGGGAAUAAUUUAAAUGCUUUGAAAUGGUGUCUAUUUUGGGGGGCGGAUGUGCAUAAGGUUAGCUCAGUCCAGAGGCGCAUUGAGGCACCACACCAAGGUGAACAUCCUGCUGCCAAAUCAGCCGAGACAGCAGGUGGGCACUCUGGAACUGAACACAAACUCAGACAAACACACACUAGUACACAAACACAUAUACACACACACUCACUCACUAGCGCGCACACACACACACACACACAUCAAAGCAGAUGGGAAGAGUGUGUGUAUCAUGUGCUCUGCAGCAGAGAGACAGAUAUGUCAACCUCCACAACUACAUCCCUCACAUAACAUCACUCAUGCCUCAUCCAUACUCUGUGCUCUCUCUCCCUCCCUCCCUCCCUCUCUUUGUUCCUUUCUUUCUCCCACCCUCCUGUCAUUCGCUUCCCUAUUCUAUUCCCUCUCUCCUCUGUUCACAUCUAUCUCCACUUCUCCGUCCAGCAUAACAGAACAUCACUAGAAAGAGCUGCUGUGUGCUUAUGUGCAAGACAGAAAUAUGCAUCUGUGUCAAGUGUGUGUGUGUGUGUGUUAGUGGAAGUUGACAGUCCAGGGGUUUGUAGUGUACCUGGCCAGCUACAGUGCUUCACCAACUCCAGGUUGUGCCCCAGAGCACAGCAGACACUGGAAUGGAUUAGGACCCAGGAGGCAGUCAAGUGAAGUCAAAAUAGGUCAAAGGUCAUCUGUUACAUGUGUGGCAGGUUCCUCAUUGCAGGGUUUUGGUCGUCUUGGGUCAUGCAGUAGAGGUCAGGUCAAAGAGGUCAGAGAAGAGUAAAGAGGCUGACAGUGAGUUUUGCUCUAAACUGGAGUGUGUGUGUGUGUGUGUGUGUAUGAGAGGGUCCUGAGUUCAGUUGUGUUUUUUAUUGUAACCCUGGAGAUAUCCCAUGGUUCUCUGCGCCUGCCGCAUGCCUCAGCAUGCCUGUUUUUCUCUCGCCUCUGCUUUCUUUCUUUAUCCCUUUCUUUUUCUCUUUCUUUCUUUAUCCCUUUCUUUUUUCUCUCU